AUGGCGGAGCUUGAGUUACUCGUCGGAAAUAGCAAGCGCGGGAAGCCUGAUGGUGUUCAGCUUUUGGAGCUGUUGCAGAAGCUGGUGGCGACAAUACCACGCACCGAUAAAGUCGUGCUCAAACAACACCAGCGGCAAUGCGAGACGAUGCUUUAUGAAGUGCUUGCGCACGGAGUCGGUGCUGCUGUGCGUCGCCUCAUCUACAGCUGCUUCUCUUUCCUGUACGUGCACGGCGAUCCCAUUUCCAUUUACACGCGCGUGAAUGCGCUCCAAUCGUACCUUGCCAGCAAGGAAGGCAUGAGCAGGUCCACAGCAGAGACUAUUCGUAUCGGCCUGGUUGACUUGCUGGCGCACUUGCAUCUCCAACACGGCAGGAUGCUUGGGAACUCAGCGCCCGAGUCAUUGGGCAUAGCGCUGCGCACUGUGGGCAAGGGUGGCAACCAAGAUGCUGUCCGCUGCGCUGCGCUGCGGUUAGCGGCGGCGGUGGUGCGCGGCAUGAGCCCCACGGAUCGCUCUGGACCAGCGGUGCAAGCGGACGCGUGGCUGAUCGUCCAGCGCUUCGCGAAGGACAGGACAUGCGAGGGGGUCCGGGAGGGCUGCCUGAAGCUGUUGAGUGCGCUUUGCGCUGCCGGCGGCGGGCCGCUGUGGCGGGAUGGCGCAUACGGUGCUGACGAGGCGCUGCGGUUGUGCUUGGUGUCGACGGAGGAUCCCGUACAGGCCGUGCGCAACUCUGCAUUCUCCGCGCUCGGUGAGCUGGCGGCUGCGUCCCGGCCCGCAGCCAAGUCCGAGGCCGUGGUGGGGGAGAAGCGCCCCGCCAAGAAGGCCGCGGCGGAGCGGGUAGUGUCGGGCUGCGUGCGGGCCUGCCUCGUUGCGCCCCUGCUGGACGCGGCUGUGCACUCGAAGCGGGAGGCGUGCCUGGGCAUCAGCAGAUCGUGGAUGGCUUACAUCGCCGCUGUGAAGCACCAGCACCAUCAUGGCGGCGAGCAGACAACGGAGCUCUUGGAGAUCGCAUGGCUGCUCAUUAAUGCUGUGAACGAGGCUGCGCGGAUGGUGGCGGAGGCGCGCGUGUAUGCGACGGCUGACCCGAACGGCGAGCUGGGUUCGGGGCUGGCAGGCAGCGAACUGCCCCCGCUGCAGGCAUGUGCGCUGUACGUGCUGCGUCGCGGCAUCAUGUCUUCCUUGACGGAGGUCACGCAGCGCAAGUUGUUGGAGCGGCUGGCUCACACUCUGGACAAGCGGCUGUCCACCCCGGCGGCUGUGGUCGCACUGGAGGCGCUGGCUUCCUUGCUGGAGGCUGUUGGGGAGGUUACGGACGAAACCGCAAACUCUCUUGGGGUCCUGUUGCAGCCGUAUGUUGCUUCGAACAGCGCCGCCACCCGCCAGCAGGCAUCCGUCGCCCUGGCGGCCCUGGCCGCUGCGCACCCGGCCGCCGCCGCACGCAUGUUGUCGAGCUGCCUAGACACGAGCUCGGGUGUUCAAUCCGGGAGAGGCAUGUCGCCGCCCACUCCAUCACUAGCGAGGAUCUCGGCCUCUGUAGCUGACUGCGCUGCCGCCGCUACUGUUCUGGCUCCGGCGUCGCUGGCGCGGCCGCUGACGCCGAAUGACGGCGCCGGCGCCGGCGGCCGGCCGGCAGCUCAGGCGCAGCAGCGGGCGGUCUUGGACACGUGUCACGGCGCGGCACUGUCGGCGUCACGGUUGCUGCUGGCCAUGGCACGCGCACCGUUGGGCUGCCCGGCCCGUUUACAAUGGCGGGCGUUGUCGCUGGCAGAAGAGUUGGUCACAGAGCAAGGCCCUGAGCAGCCGUUUAGCAGGGCAAUCUGUAAGGAGGUGGGGUUCCUGCUGUUAGGAACGCUGUGCGCUCUGGGCGUGCCGCAAUCAGUCCGCGGGCCAGCAAAGAUGGCGGCGCUGUGGCAGGUGGCGCUCGGGGAGGCGGCACGGAGGGACCUCGACGAGCGCAGCCUUCCCCCGCGCCCGGGAGCGGAAUUGGACCUCGCGGUGCACCUGUGGUGGCGCGCCGUGGCGCUACAAGCUCUGUCUGCCUACUUGGCCGCCGCACACGGGGGCCAUGGCGGCGGUGGCAGCUCUGGUUUCGGAGCUGCCGCCGGAGGCGGCGCGUCAGCGACGCCCGGUCGCGGCCGGCUGCAGCCCUUUUUGCCCGGCGCCGCGGCGUCCUUCACUGCCGCAGGAAGGCCGCCUCUGCACGCCGCCGUAGCGGUGGGAGAUGCUUUAGUGGCGACCCCGCGGGUGAGGUCCGCAACUGUAUGGACGGCGUCCGUAGGGACGGGAGCGGCAGCGGCGAUGGCGGCGGCCGGUGGAUCAGUAGGUGUGGAGCACCACGAUUGGGGGGAGCUGUCGGCCCAUCUGGGGCCUCUGAUUGAGCCGCUGCUGGAAAUGCUGGACACACAAUCUUACCUGCUUGAUCCUGCGAAAGCGAAGGGCGGCCCUGGUGGGCUACUGGCGGGCGCCUCUGCCACGUUCAUCCUAUCCCUUCUGGAGCUUCACCUCCGGGCUCCUGGCGGCCGCAUCUCGAGCUCCUCGUCCCACACGGCCCUGUUGACCAAGGCAUGCUUGCGGCCGUUCCGGCAGGGCUUAACCCCAGGUGCUGCUGACGCCCUCACGCUGGCGGGGCUGCGAGGGCUCCUCUGCGCGGACGAUGCGCCCUUGGGCCCGUGGCCACCCGCCACGGAUCCGCUCGAGGACGCGCUGCGGUGCUUCACUGGCGCCGACGGUAGUGAGGGGUCUUCCAGCUAUGGUACAGCUGGGGCCCCGGGGGUAGCGGCUGUAGCUGUGGCAGGGGCCUCCCUCGGCGUUGCUGCUGCCGUUGGCGGCGGCGGCGGCAGCGGCAGCGCGGAGGGCGUGGGUGGGGUGGCGGCGUUGCCGCCACCGGGGGGCCUCGCGCAUGCGACCUACCCGCAGUCGGUUGGGCUGGAGGCGGCGCUGCUUACUGUGCAGAUGGUGUUGCUGGGCCGUCAGAUGGCAGCUUCGCCGCUUAUGCAGCAACUGCAGGUCCUCGAGGUCAUCCAGAACGCAUUGCAGGCCUCCAAGACGUUUGCCCGCCAGAGCCGUGACGUGGCGGCCUGCCGCCGCCUCCCUCUGGCGGUGGCGGCGGCGGUGGCGGUGCUGGCAGGCUACGGACACACUGCGGCCGGGGUGGCAGCGCGGCGGCCCAAGGCGCCGUUGGAUACGACUGACAAGGUUCCCGAAAAGCUGCUGCAGCUGGCUCAGGUACUCAUGCCGGAUGAGGAGGCCGCCUCACCUGCGGCCGCGGCGCUAUCUCGCGCCGCCGCGGAGACGUACGCCGCCUCUGCGGCGACCGGCUCCGAAACUUGGGCCUUGCGCGUCGUACGCGCGCUCGCGUCCGAGGUUGCGGCCAGUGCUGCGGAGGGCCGCGAUUCGCAACAGCGUGCGGCCGCGGUGGCCAGCAGCGCGGAGGCGCUGGUAGCGGCGGCUGCCCGACCAGGCUGCACGUCAGCGGCUGCGUGGGUGUUGCACGGGCUGUGGCUGGUGGCCUGCAGUGCCGGCGGCGCGUUUGUGCCACGUGUCAAGACCAGUCUGCAGCUGGGACAGGAGCUAUUGGUGAGCUCCUUCGAGUCGGCUGCCCUGCGUGCUGCCUGCGCCCGCUUGGCCAACGCAUCCGUCGCCGUGCUGGGUCCCGAGUUCAGCCUGGGGAGUUUGGCGUAUGUGCGGGCCAAGUCGCUAGUGGCAGCGAGCGGUGCGUCCUUGCACCGUGGCGGCGGCGGCGGUGGGGGCGGCGCCGACGGCGGCCUGGGGCUGGUGCUGUUCGUGCAGCAGAUUAUCCUGUUCGCGCCGCAUGCUGUGCCACCGGCCAAGCACGUGCCAUUGCUGCUGUCGCACCUCCUCUCCAGCCAGCCUGACCUCCGUGCAGCAGCAGCCUUGACGUUGCGGCACCUGGCGGAGCGAUCCGCGGAGGCGCUGCGGCCGUCGGAGGCGGCUCCGCUGCUGUUUGCGGCGCUGGACAGGGAAAGCGAUGCUCGAAUUGCAGGUCAACUGCGUGCAACCAUAACAACCAUAUUGAACGCCAGCGUGGUUUCGGUGCCGUCCUUUUGGCUGGAGCUUCUCAGCGACGUCGUCUUCGCUGCCGGUCCGUCGUCGGCCACUGCCGCAAGUAGUGGCGGCGAUGGCGGCGCGGCGGAUGUGCCGCGCGGCGACGAUGAUGAAGAUGAGAAGUACGGCGGCGGCGGCGGCGGCGGCACCGCCGUCGCCGCCGCCGGGUUCACCGCAUCUUCGGGGGCAGCCGGAGCGUCAGGGGCAAAGGCGGGGCCCCGAUCCGUCAGCAGCAAGACCCCGCGUUCUGUUCGUGAGGUGCUUGUGGCCCCGCACCUUCGGACCCGGCACUUCGCAGCCGAGUGCUUAAUUAGGGCCAUCCGCGUGUGCGUGGCGUCUGACGAGCGGCAUCGUGACCCUGCCGUACUGGAGUGCCAGGCGUCCGAUCGGACCACCUCCUCCGGCGGCACGGCGGGCGGCCAUGGUGGCCGCGGCAGCGACCUGCUCAUUGCAAAGCUCCAGGUUCUUGUGGAUACGGGCUUCAAGCUGGCCACCUGCCCGUUGGAGUCCUUGAGGCCUCACGGCGUCCGAAUGUUGACACUGCUGGUGCAGCUCUUUGGAGACGUGCCGGAUCCGCUGCUGCAAGGUGCACGGCUAAUGGAACAGUACCAAGCGCAAGUGGUUUCGGCGCUGCGGAGCUCCCUCGGCGCCCGCCAGGCGGUGACCGGGGGCCUGCCGGGCCUGCCGGGCCUUGCGGCCGCCACCGGCACCGCCGCAACGCCCGGCGCUCCUAUCAGCACCGCCAUUGGCGGCGUUGGCGGGAGCGGUUCAAGCGACAUGGUGCAGCAUCCCUUGCUGCAAAUUGCAGGUGGCGUCUUGGCCACGUGCUUCUUGGAGAGCGGGCUGGCAGCGGGUGACGCGGUGGUGAUGCGACGGUUGAUGGAGCUGCUCUCGGCGCCCCUGUCCGCCUGGCACACGUUACGCUACGCGGAGUAUGCGGAGUGGGUGGGAGCACGCGCGCGGGUGGAGCUGCUGCGCGCCCAGGCGCAGUGCUCCGCCAUCGCAGCGGCCGCGGCUGCACGUGGCGACACGCUAUGCGCGGGCAUUGUGACCAAGGCCCAGGAGCCGCACGCGGCCCGACUGCAGGCUCUGUGGGGGCUGCUGCUGCAGGACCAUGCGGUGCUUAGCUCGCAGCCGGAAGUGGUGUUGGCGGCGUAUCAGAGCCCGCUGCUGGAGGGCAGCACGUCGCCGUCACCGCUGCCAUCGGCAGCGGAAGGGGGUGGCGAAGGGGAAGACGAAGAACGAACGCCGAGAGGGGCUGUGAUCGGCGAUGCUGCUGCUGGCGGUAGCGCCAACGCCGGUUAUAUGGGCGAGCCUGGGUUUGGGAUGACGCCAGCGCUGGCGGCAGUGCUCCGCCCGGUGUAUGCGGCCGCGUGUCCAGCUGCGCUGGCAGCGUUAGCGGGACGGCUUCCGGCGGCGGCGGAGCUGGCGGCGAAUUCUUCGUCUCGGGCGCAGUUCAGGCUGCUGCUGGAGGUGGGGCUGAUGCUCUUGUCAGAUGCUGCCGCGCGUUUGGCGCAUUGUGUACAUGAAGCCAUACGUGGCGCUACCGCCUCCGCGGCCGCCGCCGCCGCCGCCACGUCGUCGCCUUCGCCGAGCCAGGGCUCCAUCGCUUCUUCCGUUGCCAACGGAUCUCCGGCGGGAGUCGCGGUGGCGGCGGCAACGGCGCCGUCGUCGACAGCGCGACCGACGGACUUGGCGCAGCUCCAGGACGCGGCCGUACGUCUUACAGGCGUGCUCCGCGCCCUGCAGCGCUUCCUGUCCCCCGAACACCUUACCAUAAUGUUCGUUGCCGCUCCCACUGCUGCUGCUGCGGCGGCGGCCAACGAACCCGGCAGCGCUGGCGCUGGCGCCGACGCCGUCGCACCGGCAGCACCUGCGGUGACAGCAGUGACGGAGCCGCUCGUGCCGCCAGCUGUACUGCGUGACUUUUUACAGUGCCUGGGCGCCGCGGCCUUUCACGCGCUGCUGCCCUUCCACUGGGCCCUGCUCGGCGGGCUGUUACCGGCUAGCUUGGCCGGGCUGCUGCCUGGCCUGGUGCUGCCGUGUUGCUCGGUUGUUCGAGAGGUCUGUAUCGCCGCUCCGGAGCAGGGAUUGGGAUUCAGGAUGGAGGACUCUGACAACGGUGGUGUCGGCGGCGACGGUUACUGUGGCGCCGUUGAUGCCGGAGAUGACGCUGGCGAUGCGGAGGAGGCGGGGGUGUCGCGGCCGGGCCGGCGGGGCUCAGGCAGCGGCGACGGUCAGGAGCACGGCGCUGGGGACGGACGUGCGACAGCGCACCGACAGGGCGCGAACGGUACCGCGAACGGUUGGCAGCGGCACUUGCGCGGCGAUGGUGAGUAUGACGAUGAUGCCUCAGAGGCCGCAUCAUCUGCACACGUGACCCUGACCGCUGCGUGUGUGGAGACGAUUUUGCUGCUUGCGUCGGUCUGCGUGCCGUACUCGUACGGCAGCACGGCACAGCUGGAUGGCACAGCAUCACCUAGCAGUAGCAGCCGGGGCGGAAGCGGAGGUGUCGCCGCCAUCGGGGGCUGCCUGAGGCCGCCAUUCGUUGUUCGUUGUUCGGUUGCGCCUGCGACGGCACGAGGACGAGAGGUCAACAACGACGGUGAUGAGAGUCGUUGCGGCAUGAAGGGUCCCGGCAACGACAUAGCGGCGCUUGACGGGUUGGGCGGGCUGGACGGAGUUCCGGGCUGUGUGCCGCUGCCAUCCACCUUGGGGAUGGAGGCGUCGACUGGGCUCAUCCAGUGUGCAGUGCAGCUGCUGGCGGCGGCUCAGCAACUGAUCCGAAGGGCGUCCUGGAGCUCGCUGGGACCCCAUGUCGGACCGCUGCUGGAGCUGCCGCUGCGACUUAUCCUCACCUCCUCUCCCGGGACUCCUCCUCCGCUCGUGGUGGCGGCUCAGAGCUACCUUGACACGACCCUGGCAGUGCUGCAAGCUCGCACUACCGAGCUUCCGGCUCAAGCUCUGUCAGAGGAGGCGCCUCAGUCAGCCGCGGACGCCGGCCAGAGCGGGGACUCUCCCUCGCCUCCUGUCAUGGCAGCGGCUGCCAUUGUGGCGGUGGCUGAUAUGGUGGAGCUGCAUUACAGGGGCCUGCAGAAGGUGCUACGGCAGCGGCGGCGGCAGCCUGCAGAUUGCGGCGGCGGCGGCGGCGGCGAGGAGGAUGGAAAUGACCCUGCUGUCGCCGUCCCUGCGGGUGCUACCGCUGUGACGGCGCAGUUACUGCAGGGACGCCUUGCGGCAUUGGUGCCUAUCCUGCUGACGGGUGCGGUAGCAUCGGCAGUGGUAGCAGUGGAUUGCAAUGUGCCGGGCACCACGCCCACCCUUCUCUCACCUUCCAAGCAGCAGCAGCAGCAACAACAGCAACAGCAGCAGCAGCAUCAACUGCCGCCUGCAUCCGCCCGCAACAACGGACUAUCCACUCCGGGGGCCGCUGUGGGCUCCAUCAGUCGUUUAGCAACAACAACAACACCGACGACAACAACAACACCGACAACAGCGACCAGGGUGUCGGCGGGAGGCGUUGCACCGCAGGCUGGUGGCGCCGCUGCUACCGUCGCCGGCAGCCUGGCAGCAUCACCAGCCCCCUCACCGACGGCAAGUCCGCGGCCCAUGGACUCCAUCGAAGCUCGGGACUAUGUGUUGGCGGUGCUGACAGCCGCGUUCCAGGCAGAUGUGCCAUCGGCAGCAGCGCUGGCGGUGCUGGAGGCUGUACGGGCCGCCGUACAGGAGGCAGCAUCUGGAGACCCUAGCUCCCCACGCGGCCGAUGGGUUCGCACGCUGGUAUGCUCCCUGGUGCCGCCCGCGUUAGGGCGUGUGGCAGCACUGCUGGCACGCCCCAAGCAGCCAACUUCAGGCGCUGACCAAUCUUUCGUGGCCGAGUCUCUAAAGCUGCUGGUUCUGGCGGCCACGUUGGCGGGUCCACACGGCGGCGCGGCGCAAGAGGGGGUGCUGCAGGUUCUGGUGCCUCUCUUGGUGGAGCUGGCGGCGCCCUCCGCGGGGCCCGCGGCAGCAAGUCCCGCGCUGAGGGACAUGGCCGUCAAGCUCAUCACCAGCUUGCCCACCGCGGCUGCUGGCGCCGCCUUCAAGACGCACCUUGCAGCGCAGCCCGUGGCUGCCAAGCUGCGGCUGCAGGGCGCGCUGCGGGAUGCAGCCGCCGCUGCCGCUGCUGCUGCCGCUGUCGCGGCGGCGCCUAGCGGCAGUACGGCGGCGGCGGCGCCGCUUACGGCAACUGCUGCGGUGCUGCCGCCACCAGCCACGUCCCUCCCUGGACCAAGCGGUGCCUCAGGCCGGACAAGGCCCGCCAUCCAGCUGAAGACCACUUUUGCGCUGCCGCUUCCUGGUAAAUAG